UCAAGUGGGUUUCCAGCAUCAAAACUAUUGUAGCCACUUUUCUUGUUUCACUAGCAUAGAUUCUUCCUCAUUUCUCCGUUAGUUUCUUGAGAAAAUGGAAGAGGUAAAUAGGGUGAGAGGUAGACUCAGAAUCUCCUUAACAGAUUCCACAAUGAUGUGGAUUGUGUAUCGUGCAAUGGAUAAAGCAUAUGAAAGAGCACAAUCCAAGGAAGGAGCCAUUGUGCAACUCACUGAGAUAUCCAAGUUUUAUGAGUUGGCAGUGAUACAGUUGGAAGGAUGUCUGAAAUUUGUUCAAGAAGAAACAGACAGCAAUUUCGAAAAUAAUGAUGAAUAUUUCUUAGGGGACUUGACAGAAAUCAGAGAUCGUCUCAUACAACGCCUCAAAGAACUGGAGCUAGCCAUUGUAGAAAAGGAUAGAGAAUUGACUGAGAGAUCUGAAAAUGAGCUGAGGCUUGGACGAGCGCUUGAAAUCAAAGAAAGAAAAAUGGAUUUUUUACGUGCCAAGCUCAAACUUGAGCCAACAAAAAUGGAGGGUGUGAGAAAUGCUGAUGAAGAAUUUUCUGGGCUGAAACAUUCAGUGGAGCAGCAAGUAUGGAAUAUCAAACACAAGCUUGAACCUGAAGAUAGAAGGAGAAAUCGGAGUUGUGACAGCUUAAAUUUUGAGAAGAUGGGUUCAGACAUUGAUGUCUUAAAAGAAACAAUGGACAUGGCUUUUGGGAAGAUGAAGAGUGCCAUUUUCUUGUCUGAGAUGGAGCCUGUUGAGCAACAAUGGAGGUUGACAAUUGAGAAAGAUACAUUAGGGAUUCUGAUUAAAGGCUUUGUGAGAGACAUCCAGGAGAAUUUCAAAGCACAAGUCAAGGGAAGAGAGAAGCAAGUUUCCGUUGGAUUAAACAAGCAUUUGUCAGAUUUGAUGAAAGAGAUGAAGUGCUUGAAUGAUGAGCUUGAAGCACUUUGCAUAUCACAAAGCAAUCAGGAGGGCAAGAUUCCUCUAAAGCAGCUUGGUGAAGAGGAUGAAGAAGAUGAUAGUGGUAACUAUGUUGCUAAACUGAUAAAGAAUCAUGAGUCCAUUAUCAAGAAAAAAAAGAAACAUUUCAAUGCAAUUAAGCGAGAAAAUCUCGGCGAAAAAGGGUGUCCAUGUCCUAGGAGAGAAGAGGAUCUUAUUAGCCCAAGAAGGAGGAUCCAAAAUGUCAUUGUGAGAAUGGAGAACCUAAUCAAUUGGAAUGCAAAACUUGGUCAAAGUAAUGACAAAGAGGAAAGCUCCUCAGCGAAAAGCGUAUGCAAAUUUCGAGCGACACAACAGAAAAAAUCUCAAGUUGGCCAGAGGAAAGUGAGUGAAGUUUCGAGUUCUGAUGCAGUAAAUGAAAAACUACAUAAUGAAAUAAGGGUGCUGAAAGAAGAAAAAGAGGAUGCAAGUUUGCAAGCUAUGAUAAUGGAGAAAACUUUUGCUUCUCUGGUAGAAGGUUUCAUAUAUGAAGCAAGCAAUCAGCUUUAUAAGUAUCAAGGAAUUCAUGAAGAUUCAUUCAAGAAAACAGUAAAAGAGUGGAAUGAACAAAUGGAAAGUGAUCAGAUAGAUAUCCAGAUUAGAGAAGAGAUGCAAAAUAUUGUGUUUCGUGAGGCAGUGAAGAAUUUUGGUUGUAUUCUUGAAUCUGCAAUAAUAGAUUGUCAGGAGGAAAAAGCUGAAAAGUCUUGUUUGGAAGACUAUAAUUUAGAGGGAAAACUGAGGGAGGAAAUAUCCAGAAUCCUUUCCAGGGAAGCUUACAAGGAAUUGAAUGAAUUAGUUACAUUAUCUGAUACUGGAAACCUUGUUAAAGAAGAAAUACAGCAGAUUGCCUUUGGAGAGACACUUAGAGAUAUAGCAAACACCAAUUAUCACAUGACAAGUGUACUCAAAGAGGAGAAUCUAGAGGGAAAAUUAAGAGAGAAUAUUUUCAGAUUACUCUUUAGGGAACUGUGCAAUGAGUGGAAUGAGAUUAUAAAAAGACUCGAUGAAGAAAACUUUGUCAGAGAAGAAAUAUAUCAGAUUGUUUUCAAAGAAACACUGAGAGAUAUGGCAAGCAAAAGCAAUGAGGGGAAAAAUUCUGAGAAAUAUAUCUGUGGUUUCAAUUUUAAUGAGUCCAUUCAGUUUGCAGAAUAUUCAAUUAAGGAGGAUGUCUAUAUGGUUUUCUUUAGAGAAAUGUCUAAAGAGUUGAAAGAAAUUGAUGCUCAAAACUUUGAGAGUCUCAUAAGAGAAGAACUUUUCCAACUUGCUGUUGUUGAGACUUUGAAAGAAGCUAGUGCUGCUUAUAGAGAAGUUGCAGCUCAGGAUCAUUUCCAAAUCUCAGAAGAUUUCAUCUCUCCUGACAAGUUACAUAAAAAUGAAGAGCUUCAAAACCAAGAUUCAUUAUUAAAUUGCAUGACAGCCGAGCAGAAUUUGAUUCAAAGCACAAGUUCUGAAACUAAUGAGUACAAUGCAGCCUGCUGCCCUAUUCAAAUGAAACAUGAGAAGUUUGAUAAGCUAAAGAUCUCCCAUGAGUUGUUUACUGAAAUUGGAAGUGCAUUCACUUCUGUAAGCAGCAAAGUUGAGAUAGCUUUGGAGCAGUUAGCUGUGAGUAAGGCACUAUUGAAUGAGUUAAGAUCUUGUUUAGCAGUUGAAGAUGUAGAAAGGAUCAAUGAUCGAACGGUUUCUGUAGCUUCUGCACAUAACAUGAAGCCAUCAUGCUUGCAGCCAGAAGAGCUCAAGGAGGUGAAAGUAAUUUCAUCUUAUUGUGAAUUUAUGCCUAUCAUGGAAUUUUUGCAAGUUUUUAUGGACUUUAAGUGCAGAGUAGAAGAAAAGUUAGAGCUGAACAUUUUGAGGUCCUUUACUCUUCCAUGACCUCUCUUUCCUAUUUCCUUUCUAUCAUUGCUAGUUAACACUUUCAAGAACUCUUCCUCUACAGCA